AUGAGAGUUGCUUGGGUUAGGAGUGGAGUUUGUAUCGGUGGUGGUGGUGGUGGUAGUCAUUGUGGGGAGUUUAGCAGUCAAGUGACACAGAACAGGCAGUGCCGACUCAUGGCCACGCUGCCAACAGUAGGGUCGCAGGGGAAACGGUGCCCAGACAUAUUCCGCUGCUCGGACGAGGUCUCCCAUUGGCUGCACGAGAACCAGGACAGAAAGGAAAAGCUUGAGGACCUCAGGGAGACCAUCUCCGGCCUCCAGGAGGAGCUGAGGAACCACAGGCAUCGCAUCAAGGCUCUGGAGAUGCAGGGUGAGAGCAUCGAUGUGAAUUCAUCAAUAGACGCUAAGCUGCAUUCCUUGGAGCUCCACCAGGAGGAGGCAAACGCUCUGCUCCACGUCCAUGCAGCUCUGCUGUACCAGCUGCAGGCCGAGCUGCAAAACCUGUCUUCCUUUGUGGAGCGCCUCCAACGUAACCCUGCCUGCAUGGUCAACGUCCUCCAGCCCGGGACAUUUCUUGGCUUACAGGGGGCGCGUCACCCAGAUGUCCAUCAUAUGACCAGCUGUCCAGUGGACUGUGCAUCUCUGUACUAUAACGGAGUUCAUCGUUCAGGAGUUUACACUUUGGUCCCUUCACUGGGGGCCACACCCCUGGAAGUCUACUGUGACAUGGAGACAGAAGGUGGUGGGUGGACGGUGUUCCAGCGUAGGCGUGACGGCUCGGUGAGUUUUAACCGCGGCUGGAGAGAGUACCGUGACGGGUUCGGGGAGCCGCAGGGGGAGCACUGGCUGGGGAACAGACACCUUCAUCUGCUGUCCACACAGGGACACUACAGCCUCCGCAUCGACCUGGAGGACUGGACGCAUAAGCACAGAUAUGCCCUGUACCAGAGCUUCAGUACGGAGGAUGAACAGAACCAGUUUCGUCUCCAUGUGUCUGGGUUCAGCGGAACAGUGGAGGAUUCGUUUGGUUGGUACCAUGAUAAGCAGGCCUUCAGCUCACCAGACACUGGGAACAUCUGUGCUGAGAUCAGCCAUGCCGGCUGGUGGUAUAACCAGUGCUUCUACGCCAACCUCAAUGGUGUCUACUACAAGGGGGGUCGGUACUUGCCAAAGGUUGAGAACCUGCUGGGUCCAGAUGGGAUCGUCUGGUUCUCAUGGAAGGAUUCAGACUACUACUCCCUGAAGGCCGUCUCCAUGAUGAUACGACCACGUGGCUUCAGACCUCGCCUGUCGCCGUAG